GAUGUUGCUACGUGAGUUCUAUCGAGCAGACGACAAAAAGAAAGUCCAGCGAAUAUUCAUCGGAAAUGCAUUAUCGUUAUUGUUUAUAUGGGGUAUAUUCUACUCUAGAAGAAGAUGUUUCGGUUCUUGUCUGUCUGGAACUCUCACUGAUAGUAAAUUGGACAAAUACAAUUUGUUAGAAAAUGAAGAAUACGUUUUAGUAUUCCUUCAUAUUCAAAAAACUGGUGGUAGCUAUUUCGGGAGGCAGUUAGUUAAGAGUUUAUUGAUGAGGAAACCUUGCAAAUGCGUUCCUGGAAGGAAACGAUGUAGCUGUCUACAUAAAGGAAACAAUUGGAUAUUUAGUAGAUUUUCCACAGGUUGGGCUUGUGGUUUACAUGCAGAUUGGACGGAAUUACAUGAAUGUAUUGAUAAGAAGAUGAAUAGAAUAGAGAGAAAAAGGAGAAAGAGAAGACCUCUUCAUCCUAAUAUUAGAUAUCUCUACAUAACGAACAUUAGAGAGCCUGUUAAGAGAUACUUAAGCGAGUGGAAGCAUACUCAACGAGGAGCUACGUGGAAAGAAGCUACACUCUCGUGUCAGGGAAAGAAAUAUAGAAAUUUAAUACCUAAAUGCUAUAAAGGUCAAAAUUGGAAACGUGCAAGCUUAAAAGAAUUCUGCUCCUGUCCUUAUAAUCUUGCAAAUAAUAGACAAACCCGUAUGCUGUCAAAUCUCUCUCUAAUUGAAUGCUAUAACUCAUCUUUACCAGUUAACGUUCAAGAAGAGAUUAUGUAUAAUUCAGCAAAGAAGAAUUUGCAAGAGUUAGCUUUUUUCGCUCUAACAGAAUAUCUGGUUGAAUCGCAAUUUUUAUUUGAAAGAACUUUUAAGACCAAGUUUUUAAUUAAUUUUGUUACCAGCAACGAAACUAAAGCGGAUACAAUUGAACUUUCAAAAGGAGAGUUAAGACUUGUUCGUCUGGUUAAUAAACUGGAUGUAAAACUGUAUAAAUUUGCAAAAAAACUAUUUUUUAAACGAUAUAAUGCAGCUAAAAAAGACUAUUUUGAUGAAAUGGGAUUCGAAUAUCAGUCAGAGAAAGAUAUUAUUAAUAACACAGCAUUAGAAGAUAUAUUAGAAACAGCUACCGAUGAAGACAUAAAGAAUAUUAAAAAGAAUGGUCUUUCCUUGCUCAAAAGUACAAAUAAAAUCUUAAAAAUUUCAAAUAAAACAAAGAUCACAUUGAGAGCCUUAUCUAAAAAAUCAUCUCUCAAAUGA